UGCGUUCUAUAUAUAUAUUCUGGUGAAUUUGUGUGAUAAAUCAUUAUUUUGUUUCUAAUUUAGUUAUCAUAUUUUUCACGUGUAUCUGUGUGUAUAGUGUUGGUUUUCUAUAUAUGUUGUAUGUUGUGUGUUGUGUGUCGCAAGCCAAAAAAACACUCUUUAUCUAUCUAACUACUCAACUGUUGUUAUUGGGGGUUCUAAUUCAAAUAUUCACACAACAGGAAUAAAAAGGAAAAAAAUACGACAGCAAACACCAGCGAAAACAUAGUAGCUAGCCGCGAAUCGCUGUUGAACAUUUUUUUUUUUUUUUUUUGUUGUUGUUGCCUUUUUCCUCUUCCUCGGCAACGGAAAUAAAUGAUAAAGAUGAAUUUGUGUGUGUGUUUGCUAGUAUGUGAGAUAAAAGGAAAAAACGAAACGAAAUGAAAAAAAUGUUCAACAGUGAAGCGCAUGAAUAUUGUAUCCAAUUUUUUUCGUUUUCCAACCAAAAUGAUACAUAGAUUUAGACAGAGAGAGAGAGAGAGAGAGAGGCUAUUUUUUCUUGUUUGUUGUUAUCAAUCAAUCUAUUUAUCUGUCUGUUCAUUAUGGUGAAUUUGAUAGUGUGACAUUUUUUUUUAUUUUAUUUUUUGAUCUUUUUUAACCCUCAACCCUGGCAAAAUGGUGAUGAAUAUUUUCAUCAUAAAAAACCACUACAUUCAGUGUCAUGUUUGUUUAUGUGGUUCGAUGCUUAGAAUGACGAUGAUAUGUGAAUACAUCUUAGUCAGUCAUUUUCUCUUUUUUGAUUUAUAUUUAUAUUAAUAUUAAUUAAUCGCAAACUAAUCAAUCGUCAUCAUGAUCAGGACAGGGGUUCAGUACAGUUUGAUUUCAAGUUUUAAUGUGUGGAUAAAAGAUGGAUUGAUGAAACAAAAACGUUAAUAAAAUACAGCAAAACAGGUUUUUCUUUCUUAUUCACAUCUUCUUUUUUUUUAUUAAUUCACUCAUUCGUUAUUUGGGUUAAUAAUAAUUAUUUUCUACCAAAUGCCUAUAUCCUCUGUCUGUGCGUGUGUGUGUAUUUUCCCUAAAAAAAAAUUGGAUACCUACCCCAAUCAUUAAUGAUACAAUAGUAAAGUUGUCAGGGGUGAUAUGGAUAACAAUACAAAUCAUUCCAAUCAUCAUCAUUACCAAAAGAAGCGAAUAUCGAUUAGCAUUCAUUAUUGUAAAUAAAUAAUCGAAAUUGAAAAAAAACGAAACAAAACAAAACAACAGAGCCAUGAUGGAGGAUAGUGAUGAUCAUUUGAAAUAUAAACCAAAUAAAUUGUGUGGAAUUUGUGGUGAUAAAGCAUUGGGCUACAACUUUAAUGCAAUAACAUGUGAAGCAUGUAAAGCAUUCUUUCGACGAAACGCCCUUAGAACAAAGGAUUUUAAAUGUCCAUUUGAUGGUAAUUGUAAAAUAGAUUUGGUUACCCGUCGAUUCUGUCAGAAAUGUCGAUUGAAAAAAUGUUUCGACAUUGGAAUGAAAAAAGAAUGGAUAUUAUCCGAUGAAGAGAAACGAGUAAAAAGAGAUAAAAUAAUGGAAAAUCGUAGGAAAAAAGAAUUGUCAUCAACAUCAUCAUUAUCCUCGCCAUCAUCAUCCUCUAUUCAUCAGGUAAUGAUGGCCAAUGGAAACACUAACAAUAUCGAUGUGAUGAUGUCGUCGAUCACUAGUCAAGAAGACAAUAGUAACCAUUCCGACAACACAUCAUCAUCGAACCAAUCAUUUGUUGUGAAUGAUAAUAAGUCGAUUUACAAUACAGUUAACAAUAACAAUCAUCAUAGUAAUAAAACUUUAAUGAAAAUGCCGGCCAAUGGUAAUGUGAAUACCCAUCAUCAACCAAUUAAUCGGGAUAUUCCGGAAAAUAAUCAUCACAACAAUCGAAAUAAUCAGAAAGAAAAUUUUUUCAAUUCUUUAUACCUAUUCGAACAACAUAAAUAUCAACAGAAUCUAUAUUUAUCGAGUAAAUUUUUCCCUAUUUCUCCUCGAACCGAAAACAACAACAACAACAUGAACCAUAUUCGACAUCAAGAUUUGUAAAUAAUA